AUGAAAUACACGAGAUCGAUAAUUUUUUUAUCAUUUGUAAACUUAUCAUUUUUCUUUUUAGAUUUAAGUGAUUUGUUUGUUUCAUGCGAGUCUACAUCUGAAUUGGACGAACCAGUUGCUGGCACCAGCACAGCAGGCGAUGUGGAACCAGUUAUAUUAACUGAGGAAGUAGAUCUUUCUCUUUAUUCGUCUUCUGGAGAGAUAGUUAGUAAGAAAGCUUUAGAAGAAGAACUUCAUGAAUUAUUUAGAAACGCAGAACUUAGUCAGAUAAUGGCAAUGCAAAGAUCUGAUCCAGCUAGUAAACAUGAUAGUGACGAUGAAGAUGAAUUGGAAGGUACAUCUUCUGGGGCUAGAAGUCGCAAGAGAAUGAAGUAUACAUGUGUCUAUCCCUCUCCUGGAGAGGGGACGAGUAAUAUAGAAGGUUCUUUAAGCCCAUAUUAUGAAAUGCCACAGAUGUUUGCAGAAGCUUUUGACACCUUUUUAAAAGAUAGUUUCUUAGAUAUAACACUAGUGGAAUUUGAAAUGCUACUCUUUUACUCAUCAACCUUGUAUUACUCGGCAAUUUGGAGAGAUAGAAACAAAUUAAAUGGAAAGAUCGUUUAUUUAAAAGUUUUAUUAGAAUAUUGGGGUAAUCAAGAUUUUAAUAUAAAUUCAUCAAUAAAAGUAGACAUGUCAAGAUACUUUCAAUGUAUGAAAACUAAAUAUAGGUCUACAAUUAUGAAAGCCUAUACUGGCCCUUUAACUACAGUUCCUAUUAUGAUGGAACAGUUUAGCAAUAAUAUAUUUGAAUUAAAGUGUAGCAAUGUUAAAAAAAGUCUCGCAAUUAUAAUUUUAUUAUUUGAAAACAACUUUGAAUUAUUAUCAUCAGCAUUUUUGUUUUAUUUACUACUUUGUUCCAUUAAGGAAUUAAAGGGAUUGGAAUUCGAGCAAGGUUUUCAGUUAUUUAAAAUUAAUAAAAAAAAAGUUGUAUCAAAAAUUAUGAGACUUGGUGGUAUUUAUGUCAAAAAAUUUCUUAAAGCAAUGAAGAGAAAUAUUCCAGAAAUGUCCAAAUUGAAAGUUAAAGAAUAUAAACAUCCAAUAGAAAGUCCAUUAAUAAUGAAUAAUAUCAAUAUUCCAACUUUUGGUUUAAAAUUCUGCUUAUCACUAUUAGAGCUUUAUUUGAUAAAUACUUCCGAAUUUUCUAUGAUGAAUUUGAUAUUCUUUUUUGGCUCAAGAUUAAAUUCAGCAGCGGAGGUUUUCCUGUCGUAUGACAUUUUUAAUACUAUUAGGACUAUAAGAGGGGGCAUACAUGAUAUAAUCUCAUCAAUAUUAUUAGAUCAAGAUAUAGAAAAAUUUAUAAACAGAAGAAUUAUGGCAUUACAUCACAUUGAUAUUUCAGAUUUCAGAAGCAGGUUUGGUGAAUGCAUUCAAAUAAAAAAUAAAUAUCAUGAGUUGAGUAGUUUAAUCCGCUUGACAGAUUUUCAAAAAGAGGCUCUAAUAAAAAAAAAAUUAAAAAGAAAAAGAACUAGAUUGUAA